AUGAAUCCCAUCGGCAGCGCAGGCCUCGCCUUGCCAGGCCCGCCUGUUCAAGGGGGCGGAGGCCAUCAGAUGAUGGUCAACACGAGCAACUCCUUCGACUCUUCGGCUGUCGCCCUGUCCGUCUCGCUGGCUGGCAUCAACAGCCUUUGCAACAUUCUCACCGAACUCAAACUCCCGACGCCGGUCGUGGACAAGUCCGCCCACACUCGGACGCUGGUGGCCGGCGGCCUGUGCGCCACCAACCGCCCGCCGGUCCUCAGUGACCUCUCUCUGGUGCCCCAGCUGCAGCAGGCGCUGUACCUGGCAAAGGCCAAGACGAGCGAGAUUUCCUUCAUCAGCAAUCCAGCCGCUUCCAACUACUGUCAGACGCCCAUUGUGUCGCCGUCGAGCGCCGACCCGACCAUUGCCCCCACCCCCGCCCCACAAGCGCCGCCAUCCCGGUUACUCGUCGCGCUCUCUUCUCAGGACACCUUUUUCAACUCGACGUCUCCAUCAUCCAUUUACAGCCCACUGCAGCCUCAACCGCCACCACAACAACAACAACAUCAACAUUCACACACACCACAACAUGCACACACUCCACAACAUCAACACCAACACCAACCCCAACACCAGCCGCUACACAAUGGCACUAGUGCGGGCAACAUUUUGGCAAAUAAUCUCCACGAACUAAAUGCCGAUCUGCAGACCAUUGAACCGUCCAUUGACAGGCACAUGACGGACUUUGAUCCAAACCUCGUCAACGACUUGAUCAACGACGACUGUGACAUGUCGUCUUUGAUUCACAACAACAGCAGCAACAACAACAGCAACAAUCAUGACCUCAGAACAGACCAGUUUGACGCCAACUACUCGUCCCUCGGGGAGCGAGUCAAGAGCCGUCAGCGCGAGGCGGCCGCGAGGGCCAACCUGGCCACGUCCAACAACCUUCAGCAGCCCAAUUCUCACACGCUUCCACAUUUUCAGCAGCCCAAUAGUUUUGUUUCGAACCAGAAGCAGCCCAACAAUGGCAGCAACAAUAGCGACGUUUCCAUAUCAAACCACAAGCAGCCAGUCAGGUCCGAAUCAAUUGCAAGUGACGAGGACCGAGAUUGGCAGCUUCCAAACCAAAACAAGCGGCAAAAGAGCGACAGCUACUCAACAACUCCUUCCACGGUUCGGAGGCAGUCGUCGACGCCGGCCCCGCCAGUGCCCAGGCGCACCUACAACGACGUAAAGCCCCAGCAAAUAAAAUCUGUGAAAUAUUCCUUUGACGCCGACUACAGCGACUCGAUGCUGCUCAACUCGUCGGUCGACAUUGUGGUGAGGUUCGAGCAAAUCAUCGACGAGAUUCUCUCCACUUCGUGCAAUGAUUUUCAAGACUACGACGACGACGACGACACCGACGACGACGCCGACGACGACUACUACAGUGGGCAGCGCCGGUCGUCAAAAAAGAAACGGCGGCACGCCAAGGGCUCCAACCACGUCAACGGCAUGUCCUUUGACGUGAGCAUCAGCCAGGAGCAGCUCAAGGAAAUCAUGGUCCUCUCGGCCAAGCUCAAGCAGAGCAACCGCGCCGCCGAGGUGGAGCGCAAAAAGGUCAUUCUCUUUUUGACGGCCCUCUCGAACCAGCUAAACAUUUGGCUGACGCGCUACAAGAGCAAGGCCGCCUUUCAGGGCCACGAAGAGGACCAGGAAGAGGCCGAGGAGCGCGAGCUCUAUUGGGAGCUGUGCUGCAACGCCUCCCAGUCGGCCCUGCACAUCAUGACCUCCUCUACGCCCAACAACGACAAGGCCAGUCUGAUUAGCCUCGAGGAGCUGAUAGAGGUCAUUGUCGACUUUUUGUCGCACAACCUCAGCUCCACGACGCACGUGUCCAGCUCGGCAGGAGCCAACUCUCGCUCGCCCAAGGCAAAAAGCCACGCCGCCUCGCACUAUGGCGUCUCCAAGCGCCAAGUGACCCGCUGGACGCAGCUGCUGCAGCUCCUCUUUGAAUUCAUCAACCUCCGCAGCAAGGGCUCGCUCACCGACACGCUCAUUCUCUCGCUGACGCGCAUCUCCAUGAGCGCCCUCUUUUUGCUGCAAAACACCUCCGAGAUGCAGUUUGUCUCGAUUGAAAUCAUGUGUCACGUCUUUGAAGAGUACACGUCGCAUCGGCGGUCCAUUCUCGAGGAGCUCAUCAACUCGCUGCAAAAGAUUCCCACCAAAAAGUCGCACCGCAAAGACUCGGUGCUCACCCAGCUGCUGGUCCGCCUGACCAAUGCCUUUUUCCAGCCCGACGCCAUUCUCAAGAGCUCGACCAACACUCUGCAGACGCGCGAGGCCCUCAACGCGGCCAACCUCACCGCCACCCAGGUCAUUUCCAGCUUUCUCAACCCCUUUGUGCGCAAGUGCACCCACAGCACCGGCAGCAGCGAGGUCGACUUUAAGCUCAUCUUUGAGGCGCUACUCAAUGACCUGCUCGAGUCGCUCCACUCGCCCCACUCGACCUCGUGCAUUCUCAUUGUGCAAAUUAUCGCCAAGCUGCUCAUGUCGCACCUCAGUCCGAACCAGCAGAAAAACUCGAGCCUCUCGUCGCGCAACUUUGCCAUCGAGUACCUCUCCAUCAUUUGCUCCAAAUUUGCCCAGUUUAUCGCCGACAAGGAGGACACGGCCAAGGAGCUGGCCAAGACGCUGAGCACCAUUGAAGAGAGCGAAAAGGCCGCCACGGUGACGCCCUCGAAAAGGAGCAAAAAGGACAAGAAAAAGGACAAGGAAAAGGUCAAGGUCAAAGAGGAGGAGGAGGAACAAGAAACCAAAGACAGUCCACAGGUGAUUGUCGACAAAGUGUGGAACAUGCUCGUCGACUAUUUCAAUGCGGAAAAGCUGCACCGGGAAAAGCUCGUCCUCACCUCGGUCUGGCUCAAGGACCCCUUUUUCGGCGACGAGCAGCGCGAGGCCAAGCUGUUGCAGCGUCUGGCCAAGUCGACGAGCGAAGACGUUUCCGUCAUUGACAUUAGCACGGCGGCGCUCUGCAUCCAGUACAUGGAGUUUGUGCAGCUGAGCACCAACCUGCGCGUUUUCGAGUACGCCAUCAAAAUGGUCACCGCCUCGCUCUCCAACACGACCAACACGACGCAGCGCUCCAAGGCCAUGAAGUGCCUCUCCAACAUUCUCAACUCGAGCGGCGUGGAGCGGGCCAACCAGCUGCUGGCGCGCAGCGACCUGCAGGGCGCCAUGCAGUCGGCCCUCCUCGACCCGUCCACCUCGGUGCGCGAGGCCACCGUCGACCUGAUUGGGCGCUUUGUCCUCCAGUCCAAGGACCAGGCGCUGUGCCAGCGCUACUGCAACCUCAUUGGCGAGCGCAUCCUCGACACGGGCAUUUCGGUGCGCAAGCGCGUCAUCAAGAUUCUGCGCGACUUUUGCAUCGAGUUUCCCGAGUUUGAAAAGUGCGGCGAAAUUGCCGCCAAAAUUGUGCGCCGCAUCAACGACGACGGCGAGGGCAUUCGCCGGCUGGUGGUCGACACGUGUCGCGACCUCUGGUUCUCCACCACCAGCGCGCCGUCCAAGUUUAAAGUCUACUCGCUGCUGCACGUCAUUGCCACCAUGUUCAACGAGCAGAGCAACGUCGAGUCGAUGCAGUCGCUCUUUGACCAGCUCAUCAAGCCCGACACGAUGCCCAUUGCCCAGGACAUUUGCGACUGCAUCAUGACCGACAUUCUCAUCGACGAUCUCCCGCAAAUGCCCAAGAGCACGCAGCUCAGUGCCAUCCAGUGCGUCGCCAUGAUGUCGCAGUGCUGUCCCCAGCUCAUGGUCAAGCACUGCGACACGCUGCAGUCCUUUCUCUCGCUCAGCUGCGAGACCAUCAUGGAGAUUACCGUGCGCACCAAGGUCAUUCAGACGCUGGAGCGCAUCCUCCCCCACAUUACCAACCCCUCGCCGCACCUGCUGACGCGCAUCGAAGAGGACCUGACGAAAAACAUUUUGCAGUCGGCGGCCAACAUUAUCCAGUGCUCGGUCAAGUGCCUCUCGAUUCUCAUCAAGAACCACACGAAAAACACCAAGCUGGCGGUGGACCUCUUUGUCAAGCACCAGCAGAUUCUCUACCAGUACAAGACGCUGCUGUACGAGGGCCAAAAGGAGGAGGCGGUCAAGCCCAAGCUGCUGCGCGCCAUCUUUACCUGUGGCCUCUUUGCCAAGUACUUUAGCAACGACAUUUUCGAGCACAAGGUCCAGGUGCGUGAUACCUUUAUCGAGCUGAUUCUCUCGCCCUACAAUGUCGACAUCAAGUGCAAGUCGAUUGUGGCGCUGGGCUUUCUCAUCGAGAGCGAGCCGAAAAUUUGCCUCCUGCCCAAGGUGGUCGACAUUUACACGAGCAUCCUCCAGAACCGCUUUGCCUCGGACGGCAACCCGGUGGUGAAAAAGAAGCAAGACGAAAUGUUUUGCAUCCAGGUGCUCAACAACUUUCGCAACUACCUCUCCGAGUCGAUCGAGUCGGACGAGAAUGCCGUCAAGACCAUCGAGUGGUCGCGCGAGUCGCUCAAGUCGAUGCAGUCGCUCGAGGACGACUCGUGCUCUGCCUCGCAAAUCAUCCAGACGUACCUCUCCUCGGUGCUCAUCAACGCACUCAACCCCAACCUGGCGAUUCGCCGCGUCGCCUGCAAUGUCAUUCACGUCAUUCACUCGGGCGGGCACGUCCACCCGCUGCAGCUAGUGUCGCACCUGGUCGCCAUGACCUCCGACGACGACCAGCAGAUUCGCAUGCGCGCCGACCACGUGCUGCACGAGAUUGAGCGCAAGUACCACGGCUUUGUGGGCAUGAAGGCCAAGGAGGCCAUCUACCUGUCGGCCAUCUUUUGCAAGCGACUCGCCAUUCCCGGCUACCGCAUCUACCUGGAAAAGAAUGCGGCGGCCAGCGGCGAGGACGGCAGCAGCACCGGGGCGCCCGUCGUCACCAAAGAGAUUUGCGCCCGCCUCACCACCCUCUACAAGGUCAUUUGCAACAACCGCCAGUCGAGACGGGCCUUUGUCACCUCGCUGCUGCGCAACCUCGACAUUACCGACUUUAAGCAGCCGCCCACCAACCAGGGCGGUGCCGACUUUGCCAGCAAUAGCAGCAGCACCGUCGCCGAGACGCGCGAAAUGAUUGAGCUAGAGUUUGUCGUGGAAAACAUUCUCUUUUUCCCCUACACCGUCUACGACGAGGUGCUGUACAUUCUCACGCAGCUAGAGUGCACCAGCUCCCUCAAUGCCACGCACAUUACGCAGUUUUUCAAAGACAUUUUCAUCAUUGAAAAGCUGGCAGCUGAUCCGAGCCAAAACAACCACCACCACCAGCAGCAGUACCAAAUGGACGAGCACGGCAACUACAUUGCCGAUUCCUCCAACCUGCCAUACAGCCAAAAUGUGGUCCAGGACCAGCUGGAGGAGAUUGACUUUGACAACGAAGAGCACCGCAAAAAGUACGACAUUCGCGUCAACUUUGAGCUGCUGCUGACCGACAGCAACAAUGAGCGACUAAACAAUCUGGUCCGCUCACUGCGAGCCAUCUACCUGUCGACGCUGUUGCGCACCCUGCUCAAGGACUUUUACCUGCUCAAGGACGACAAGAUUAAAGACUACAGUACCAGCGACGCAAAGACGUGGGAAAAGCCAGUCCAUCGGCGCCAGAUUGACAGCACCUCGCUCAAAGAGCUGCUCGUUUCGACCAAGCCAUGCUUGGCUUUUCCUGAAAACCUACUUCUUAGCGAAGACUUGAGCGUUUUGCAAAAGCAGCUUAUAGACGAGUGGAAGCGCUUCAAGUACGUCGCCAUGAACAAUAGCGACCCCCGAGUUGCGGUGCCCAAUUCUCGUGGUGCCCAGCACAAAGAUGUCGACGCUUGA